CGCAGGGUUUCUUUCCAACAUGUUGGACGUUUUAUUUUUUGCAACUUCCACAAACAGACAUUAAUUGGUGCAUCACACUGUGUUGCUAAUUGCUAAUGGGCGAGCUGCUUUCACUAAGCAAUGAUGAGAAGACAGGCAAACCAGCCAGCCAGGCCAACAGCAGGCUGCAUUUCUGUGCCGCUCUUUAACCAGAAGAAAAGGAACAGGAUUCCUUUGACAUCGUCUCCUUCUGUGAAUGAAUUUUUCUCCCACACCGAAUAUGUGGCAAACACCAGUGCAGCAACGUCUCACAACAGCACAGCAGGUUUUAAUGGCGGUUACCAGGCUUCAUGUUUGUCUUCUGGCGCUUCACAAAGUGACCAGUGGAACAGACAGGGUGUCCCUCAAGCUCCUCAGCCCCGGAAGUUUACCAGCAACAGACCUGCUCCUGAACCUGCCGCUACAGCGAGAACCUAUGCACCGAUAUCACAUCCGUACAAAGCUGGAGGCACAGGCUCUAAGACUGGACUGCCUAGUUACCCCAGCAGACAACAGGAUUACAGCUUUACUCCCCGACAGAACAAAUACCAAGCUCCUUCGAGCAGCGACACCGCACAAAGCAAGACCCGGCCGCCGCAUGGUGGAUUCUCUCAUGUGGUUCAGCAGUCACCUUGCAGACCACGCAGUCCUUCAUAUCAGCAGCAACAGCAGGCAAGACCUCUGCUUCCUCCUGCGCCACCUGUGAGCAAGUCCUCAGCGCGAGCAGUGCAGCCUCCUCAAAACAACAGCUGGAAAUUUACCAACAGCUUUGGGCCACAGAGUUCCUCCUUUGCUGGAAAAAGAAGCUCAAAUCCACCUCGGACUACACGACCAACUCAAAGCCAGGCUGGAAUAGAUAUGGAAGCAUCUCUAAUGAAGCCGGCCCCUGAGAACUCGCUGAGGAUCCUGACUGCAGUUAUUGCCGGCAUGAGACACUGGAGCCAGUUCAAAGACAAAGUGCCUUACUUGUUUGAGAUAUUUGCCACCCUGGACUCUGCAGUAACACUUGGUCACCAUGGAGCCAAGACCUUCCUCAUGAGAGAUGGAAAGCAAGUUGUGCAGUGCAUCUUCUAUGAAAAUGAGAAGGAGCUGCCUCGUCUCAUCCGCGGUCAAAUUCACCGAUGUGUGGGCAACUACGACCGCAGCAGAGACGUCCUCGUCUGUGUGUCGGUGAGGCCUGGCCUGCCCUCGGAGCACAGGAACGCCCUCCAGGCUGUCCAAGCAUGCGACACAGAAAUGAGGGCACUGGUCAAAUUGCUGCGAGAAGUCUGACCAUGAGGAAGAAGAACGUUUACUGCCAUUCACUCAAAGUAACUCCUGUUGACGUUCCAGUGGUUUUCAAAAGAGGUGUUGUUUGAGAUGUUAUUUCAGUUUUUGACCCGUGAGGGCCGAUGUUGGCAUUACACUUAACUAUUGAAAGUUUGUCCGUGUUCCUGGAUAGACAGGUUGUUUCUUUUGUAUUUUGUGAAACAGAAUCUAAAGAGUUGUUGCAUUUCAUCCAACCUGUUCAUUUAAAGUAAAGCUUCUCUUGUAAUUUGUUUUUAUUACAAAGAUUUCACAGACUCACAGAACAGCAGACAUUAU